AUGAUCCCUACGCUUAACAUGAACAAAAUCCGUUCCCACACCACCGUUGCUGUUCCUGCAGCUGGUGCAAGUGGUGGGGCAGAAUUGAACAGCAGCGGCUCUGGCAGCAGUGGUCCACGGUUAACGACAGGGCGGCAGAUCUCUCCUCGCCCUCCGUACCUGGGCUCUCCACUAGAGACGUCGAGCCUGCCGUCGGCGCACCUCCAGCGCCGCGCGGCGGAUGUGGCUACCGUGCUAGAUAUGAACCCACUACAGUGCCACAGCGUCGGUGAACUGCAGCGCAAGCUGAUCGAGACGGCGGAGUGGGUGGUGAAGCUGCGGCACUGGUACGUACAUCAGCUGCAGGAGCGAGAUGCAUGGUACGAGUGCCGCCUGAGAGGCUUGGAGGACGCUUUUCAUGCAGCUUUAACUCCCGCCACUGCAGCCAGAACGGCAUACGCCACGGCUCGUGCUGAUGCAGCCCAAACUGUCACAGGGUGCAUCUCCGCGGAGCACGCAGCUCCCUCCACCAUUGCCACCCGUGUCGCCGCCGGUGGGGCGUCUGUGAGCAGCGCGGUAGCGGCAACUGUUUCGGUAUUUGCGGAGAAAGAAGUCGAUAGUGACACAGUGCUGCAGAACCGUCGUCGCGCCCACAAGAACUCGCCUGCAACAAGAGCAGCAGCUGGCCCCAGAAAUGACAAAAACCCCGGCAUGAUUAAUUUCAACCAGUCAUCGGCAGUGGAUACGGACCUUGCUGUAGCGGGUGUCGCUAACAAUGCAGACGGAGGCAGCAGGACCCCACUACGAGUGGGUCCGCCGAAGCGCUCGGAAGUCGUGCCCAUUGUGCAUGGCCGCCGCACGGCCUCUGUUGGCGCCCCUUCUCGACAACUGCUGGCCCUAGAGGACCGCGAGUCUCCGCGCAUUAGCGCGGUAGGUAUCGCAGUCGAUCGGGACGAGUCUCGUCCGACCCUCGCGGAGCGCGCCCUUGCAGCCACGGUGCCGAUCAUCCUUGACAACGGCGACAACACAUCCAGGGAGCCACACAACCCAUCACCUCUUCUGCACCUACGCGGAAGAGGUGCUGGAGGCAUCUCUCUCACACCCUCCGCCACGAAUAAACAGGUCAUCGGCACCCCUAUGACUGGCACCGUUGGACUGCGCAGGGAUGUACAGUUUGCCACGACACCUCUGAGUGGUCGGCCAUCGUCAGCGAACGCAAGGCUAUCGACUGCUAGUGCUGCGGCGGAGUCCUCAGGGCGCCUCUCCGCGAGGGCGGGAGGCAUCGGAGGUCGACGGGAUGACGCCGCGCGGAGUGAGCGCAAUCGAUACUACCUCUCCUUAUCACGGUCAAUCUCUGGCAGCACCAAGAUUGGGUUGUCCCACUUUGCCCAAUACUUGAACGCCAGCACUUCACGCGAUUCCGCUGUGACAGGGGCGGGCACUGGAAGCAGCGCCACUGACGGGGUCGCCUCUUCACCCCACAAGAAGGCUCCUCGCAUCAGCCCCUACCUCUAUAUCAUCCGCAGCGGCGACAGCCACAGUCGAAACCUGAAGCGGCGCAGCGCCAGCACUGGAGGAAGUCGCCGCGCGUGUCCGGUGUACAUAACUAGGAAGGCGAAGGCGAGCUCUGCAGGUCUCGGCGUCUCUGGCCAACGCUGCAAAGAAACCGGCAGCAGCGAUGCCAGUGAGCAGAGCUCGCUGAGGCGUUUCGUCCGCGAGUAG